CUGACGCGGUCUCACCUGUCCACAUCUGAUCCGACAGUCCACCUCUAGCCCGAGACCACACCUGGCCGGUAGUAAACCUACAGCACCUUUCGUCUGAUAGUCCGGUACCUGGUACCUAAUCUCUUCAAAUCUAAGACCAAAUCCCCAAACAAGAUGUAUCUUCUGAGCUUGUCCUCCUGUCUUCUGCUGUGUCUGAUGUCUUCAGUCCACAGCCAGGAUGCUUUAUCUGGAGAUGAAACGCUCAAGUUUUUUGGUGCACUCGUGCAGCCACUGAGCUGGAAGAGGGAAAUCCUCAACAACGCCACAGACAGGGGCGUCGACAGGAUCAUUGAGAGUCUCAAGGAGAUCCCCCUAGGUCUCCACGCCAUCCACGAGGCAGCGAAGAAGAUCAAGGUCGACCUCCCCCAACACAAACAGAUGACGUCAGACAUCCUGGGGAGACUCUCCGACCUGCUCGCCCAAACCCGCUCACGUCUGCUGGGGAUCUUCAGCGACUGCGGCUCCGGUCUCAAGUUCUCUGAUCUGCAGGUGACCACUGAAGACUACGGCGCCUUCAGCGAGCAGCCCGACUUGGACAUUGACCUUGACGCCCAGAACGUUAACCUCCCCUCCCCUGAGGCAGAAGCUGGGUCAAGCGACGAGAGGAGGCUGUUUGACCUGCUCCUGCAGCCCCAGCAGUAUGACCCAGCCCUGCUCAAUCGUGUUCUGGACCAGUUCGGGAGAGAGAAACACAUUACGAUUAGUGACGCUGCCUCCGCCAUCUUGAAAAUCGCAGAAGGCAUCAACCAAAGACACAGCGACAGACUUCGCAAACACAUCGGUAAGAUGAGAGAAGUCGCCCAGAAUCUCCGCAAACUCAAAGAAAGCCUGGCCCACUGUCAGCGCGAGAUAGAGAAUCUCCUGAGGGUGUCCACUGAACUCAAAUACACGGCCCACGAAAACGUGAAGAAGGCCAUCCAAGCUGCCAGCGAGAUCAGCGGCUCUGUGUUGCGUCUGGGCUGCCUGUAAUCAGGUCACCGAUCCUGCGCAUUGGCCCAAAUGCGCAUAACAAAAAAGAAUGCUUUUUGGCCAUGUUGAGUAGUGGAAAAAAUUCAUGUCUUCAACAGAACAAUUUGAAAUUAUGAUUAUUUUUUAAUAUUUCACCUUUUCUCAUUUUUUUUUAACAUUUCGUUAAUAUUUUAAAAUUUUCAUAUUACGAUAUAUAUCUUUAAGUCAGGGGCGUAGCCAGGGUUUUUGGGGUCAAGGUAGAGCGGCGAAUGCAUAAAUAGACGCCAAUAUUUCACUUCAUUUUCAACACCCUUUCAAUGUUGUUGUUUCAUCUGUGUACAUUUCCAAAGAGACGCAAUAUUAGUAAAAAUAAAAAAUUCUCAGGUGAAUGGCCGCUCCCCCAUUGUCUAUACCUUUACACAUUAGAAACAUAUCACUUAGGCUUACGAUACAAAUGUCAAGUUAAGUGUAGUUCUUGUUUGUGUUUUGUUCUGCUUGGAAGAAGUAAAGUUUUUGCAAUCAUGAAAAA